AUGGACAAAUACCGGUUGCUUCCGGCUUCCCAGAGCCAUCUGUCCUUGGGAUGCUUACCAGAGCUUCAAAUCCUGCUCAUGCAGCAGCAGACGACAGUCCUGUCCACCUCCGGCAGCUACCUGAGCCCCGGCGCGGCCUUCUCACCCUGUCAUAUCCAGCAGUUUGGCGCUGUCAGCCUUAAUGGACUGCCUGCCACGCCCAUUGCCCCUGCCUCUGGGCUGCCCGCACCCCCACUGCUCAGCACUGCCGCCGUUCCUGGCCUCGUGGCACCCAUCACCAACGGCUUUGCUGGGGUUCUGCCGUUCCCUGGUGGCCAUCCUGCCCUAGAGACUGUGUAUGCCAAUGGCCUUGUGCCCUACCCAGCUCAGAGCCCCACGGUGGCCGAGACGCUGCACCCUGCCUUUUCCGGAGUCCAGCAGUACACAGCCAUGUACCCCACCACAGCGAUCACUCCCAUCGCACACAGCGUCCCCCAGCCGCCGCCCCUCCUGCAGCAGCAGCAGCGAGAAGGAGUUUGGAGACUCGGAGCUGACGCAGAUGUUCCUGCCCUUCGGCAAUAUCAUCUCCUCCAAGGUGUUUAUGGACCGGGCCACCAACCAGAGCAAGUGUUUCGGAUUCGUGAGCUUUGACAAUCCCGCCAGCGCACAGACCACCAUCCAGGCCAUGAACGGCUUUCAGAUUGGUAUGAAGAGACUCAAGGUUCAGCUGAAGAGGCCCAAAGACCCAGGACACCCGUACUGACCAUGCCCACAGCCACCCCGAACCGUGGGUACGGCCCAGGUGAGCCGCCAGGCGGCCCUAUGCCCUGUCCCAUCCCGGGUUUCACCUAACCCCCUCCCAGCCCACACUCACUCCCUAAUUCCUUGGGGGCCGGAGCAGUGCUCCAAGAGGCUGCCUGGGGAUAAAGAUCCUUCCCCUGUAACCUUGGCUGGGUGGAGUAGAGGGAGGCAUUGGGGUGGGAGGUGAGGAGAAGCCAGGAGCUCUCACCAAAAGGGCUUCCAGGAGAAGGCUUUGAAGGAUGACUAGAAGUUCACAGGAGAGGAGGGAAUGUGGGUCUGUGGUGUAGGAUGUGUUGGGUGGGGUUUCUAUUCCAUCCAGUGAAUAUAUUCUCCUGGCUGAGAUGCCUGAAACCAGAGAAAAGAUAUUCAAUGCACCCCAGACCCUAAGGCUGGAUCCCAGAUGCCUAACCCAGCUUGGAAAAGAACUGAAGUGGAGGAGGUAGGGACAGUGCCAUCCUGUCCCCCCAUCUCCAUCCUCACCAGCUGCAGUCAACCCUCAGCUUGCUUCUGUCUUCUAAUUCAUGACCAACUGGUUAAGAUCAUGGUGGGAGGGAACCCAAACAUCCAAACAACAAAAUACCCCAAAGGUUGUUUUCCUCAUCAAAGCCAAACAACUCUAUCAGCAAAUUUAACAACUGAAUCAUCAAUGAGAGCCACUCUGAGAGUUCAUGCCAAACUCUAGGGUCAUCUGUGAAAUGGGCUCAUGGGGCAGUGACAGACCAGAGCCACCCAUGAUUGUCCAAGUUUCCUCAGCACAGAACCUGCCCCUACAGAGCUCUGAUGAACUCAUCCUGAUUUGUUCUUUUUAAAAAUCACAAUCCUGCCAACCCUGCAAGAAAUGUGCUGGUGACCAAGGCCAGCACUGGUGGACACAGCAGGGAUGGGACAAA